CAACAUUUGUAGCUGUUUCUCUCCUUUCUUCCGCAGCGCUGGAUGUUCGGCUGAAGAGGGAGGAAAGCUGGAUGGAUGCAGGGCUCUGUCUCGUCUUCCCAAAGGCAGCAGCAGAGGGACUGGCUCUCUGCUCUCCUCCCCCAAAUUCCAAGGGAGGAGCUUGAGGGCCCUCCAGCCCCGAGGAAGGAUCGCGAGAGCUUAAAAGGAGUAGGACCCUCCUUGCCUUGCCUUUCCCUCCGCAGCCAAACCAUCAUGGAUCGCAGGAGGGCUGUCUCCGCUUUCAUGGCCAUCCUCGCUCUCUGGAUGAUGGGAGAUGCAGUGGCUGCAGAAAAGGAGCCCGGCUCUGUGGAUCCAGGCAAACUCCUGGUAUUGACGGCUGCCACUGAGGAGACAGAGGGCUACCAGCGCUUCCUGCGGACUGCCAAAUAUUUCAACUACACUGUCAAGACUCUUGGCCUAGGUGAAGACUGGAAAGGAGGGGAUGUAGCCCGGACAGUUGGUGGAGGACAGAAGGUCCGUUGGUUGAAGGCUGAAAUGAAAAAAUAUGCCAAUGAGGAGGACCUGAUCGUCAUGUUUGUGGACAGCUAUGAUGUGAUUCUAGCAGGGACGCCGCUUGAACUUCUCUGGAAAUUCCAGCAAUUCAAGAGCAAUCUGGUCUUCUCUGCAGAAAGUUUUUGCUGGCCAGAGUGGUCACUGGCUGAAAAGUACCCACCGGUAGCUGUGGGCAAGCGAUUCCUCAAUUCAGGAGGAUUCAUUGGCUAUGCCCCCACCAUCAAUCGCAUCGUCCAGCUAUGGAAAUACAAGGAUGACGAUGACGACCAGCUCUUCUAUACACGCAUUUACUUGGACCCAGCCUUGAGGGAGAAACAUGGGAUCACCCUUGAUCACAAGUCAAACAUUUUCCAGAACCUGAAUGGGGCCAUUGAGGAAGUGGUUCUGAAAUUUGAGCCAACCCGAGUGCGAGCCCGAAACGUGGCCUAUGACACUCUUCCCGUUGUCAUCCAUGGCAAUGGGCCCACCAAGCUACAGUUAAACUAUCUGGGCAACUAUGUCCCUAAUGCCUGGACGUAUGAAGGGGGCUGUGGGGCGUGUGAUCAAGAUCUCCUGGAUCUGUCAGAUUUGCCAGAAGAGUCAUACCCACACGUGCUGAUCGGCAUUUUCAUUGAGCAACCCACACCAUUUUUUCCUCAGUUUCUCCAGCGGCUUUUGACCUUCGAUUACCCUUACUCACAUCUCAGCCUCUUUAUCCACAAUCGUGUGGUGUAUCAUGAGCCACACAUCCAAGCCGAGUGGGAACGGCUCCGUGAGGCCUUUGACAGCAUCAAGCUUGUAGGACCAGAGGAGGAACUAAGUGAGAGUGAAGCAAGAGAUAUGGCCAUGGAUCUUUGCCGACAGGACAACACCUGUCACUAUUACUUCAGCCUAGAUGCUGACGUGGUGGUGACGAACUCCGAAAUCCUACAGACCCUUAUUCAGGAGAACAAGAAAGUGAUUGCUCCCAUGAUGUCCCGGUAUGGCAAACUUUGGUCUAACUUCUGGGGUGCUCUGAGCCCUGAUGAAUACUACGCCCGUUCAGAAGACUAUGUAGAGUUGGUCCAAGGCAAGAGAAUUGGGAUGUGGAACGUCCCCUACAUCUCCCAGGCAUAUUUGCUACGAGGAGAGACCUUACGCCGUGAGAUGCCCCAGCGCAAUAUCUUCACGUUGGAUGACACAGAUCCAGAUAUGGCCUUUUGCAAAAGUGUGAGGGAGAAGGGCAUCUUUCUUCACAUCAGUAACCGGGAUGAGUUUGGACGCCUUCUUUCGACCUCUAGAUACAACACUUCCCGGCUACAUCCUGAUCUCUGGCAGAUCUCAGAGAAUCCUUUGGACUGGCAGGACAAAUACAUCCAUGAGAACUACUCCCAGGUGCUAGAGGGGGAACACUAUGAGCAACCCUGUCCUGAUGUUUACUGGUUCCCAGUGUUCACCGAUCAGAUGUGUGAUGAGCUCGUGGAAGAGGCAGAAAAUUUCGGUCAAUGGUCUGGGGGGAAGCAUGAGGAUACCCGACUAGCUGGUGGCUAUGAGAAUGUCCCUACUGUGGACAUCCACAUGAACCAAAUUGGUUUUGAGAAGGAAUGGCUGCAGUUCCUGCGAGACUACAUCGCCCCUGUCACAGAGAAGCUCUACCCAGGAUACUACACCAAGGCUCGAGCGAUCAUGAACUUCAUGGUCCGGUACCGUCCAGAUGAGCAGCCCUCACUCCGGCCCCACCACGAUUCCUCCACUUUCACCAUCAAUGUCGCUCUCAACCACAAAGGAAUCGACUAUGAGGGUGGUGGCUGCCGCUUUAUCCGCUACAACUGCAAAGUGGAAUCUCCUCGCAAAGGCUGGAGCUUGAUGCAUCCUGGGCGCCUCACUCACUACCAUGAAGGCUUGCCUACCACCCGCGGCACCCGCUACAUCAUGGUUUCUUUUGUGGACCCCUAACACCAGCUCCCAUGCUCCGCUCGGCCCCAGGGGAACUGAGUGGGCUACAGUGGUCAACACACUGAAGGCCAGAGACUUACAGAAAGCAGAUUGGAGGACUAAGAAGAGUGGUCGGUCUCCUAUUUUCCUCCCACUGACAUCUGCCUUGGUGCCUUCAAAACAAAGGACUGAAAUGGAUGACUACAUGCCAGGGUGUGGAAAGACAUGUUCCUUGCCUAGCACUGAACUUUGGGUCACUACUAGUGCCAGGAGUGACCACUGCUGCCUUGUGGUGUUCCACUAACCUUCCCUCCACAUCCUAUAGGUGUUGAGGAGCAAGUCAACACUGCCAUUACGCAGAAGACUAUAAACUCUGCAUCCUUCUCCCCAAAUAUCACCUAAGAUGUCUGCCAGAGAACCUUCCCCUUCGUCCUCAAUAUGGCUUAGUCACAAUGGACUUUAUUAUAGGACUCUUAAGGGUACUUCUUAUUUACUGGCCACUGUUCUAACGUAUUGUGCAGGUAUUCUUUUUCCCCCCUCCUUUUUUCCCUUAACAGAUUUUUCUCUGGUAAGGAAAAAAAGAAGACAGAGGGAAACAGGAGAGGGCUGCCAAAGGAAGAUGGUAUUGUCUGCUCCUCGUAUAAAUGUAUACAAAUGAGGGUGUUCAAUUUCAUCUGGAAAUAGUCGAUAUUAGCCGUAGCACAACAAUUCUUCAUCAAAUCAAACCAUACUGAAUUUCCAAAGAAUUAUGAUGUAUACCUCCCAUUUUCCCUCAGGUCUUUCUGGCCCUUCUCUUUGUAUUCUUACUUGAAUCCCAAAACAUUUUUGUUUUGUCUUGUUAUGCCAGGACUCACAAGCUGUGACAUUUGUGGCAAAAACAGGAAUGUUUCUGAGUAACUGCAGAGUACUUUUCACUCAUCAGUAUCCAUCUUACAUGUUACAGGAUUUAGGGGAAAGGGGGAUUGUGGGUUCUUUUAGUGCAGGAAUUUUGAUAUUGCUCUUUUAAAAAAUGAGAAGACAGAGGGUGGCCUGUAAACCCUGAGUCUGCUUUGACCCCUUAUCGCCACCUUGAGUCCCUAUAUUGGGAGAAAGGCAGGAUAUAAGAAAAGAAAAUAAUAACAAAAAUAAACAAAUGAUUGGCAUAGGAAAAUUUGAGGUAUCCCAGUUAAUUCCCAGUGUCAUUUGGGGUACUCCAAUUAAUUUCCAGGGCUUUAUCAGCCAUAGGGAGGAAUAGGGCAGAAGGGGACUUGUCUAUAUACUUCUUGUCAACUAAAUUGGGGCAGGAGAUGGAAGCAGAACAGACGUUGGGUCAUUUUCUCUUGUAGUUAACCCCCAACAAAUGUUCAGCUGCUCUACCAACUACCUAAGUCGUAACAGGAGUGCCAGCUGUAUGUUCACAUUGUUAAAAAUUGUUCAACCCAGUGACCAAGACAACACAUGCCACACACACCAAAUACUCCUUGACCCACUUGAGUGGCAUCAAGAUUAUCCCAAAGAGCUACUUAAAGUGUGAUUAAUCUCCCUCCCCCCCCAGUCUUAUGUGGAGAUUAUCCUUUGUGGGGGUGUUUCUUUGAGUUCAUUGAUGUUGUUGAGCCAAGAACUCCCACAAGGCAGUAGGAGAGCUCCGGCAGGCACUUAAUGGCAAGAGCCUUGUGUAACCUCCUGUAAUCCUGUGGGCUUUUGGUCCCCAGCCUGGUCUGGCUGAUGGGGUGGAUGUCUGUCAGCUGCUUCCUUUACAAAACAGAGCAUUUAACUUAUUGUUUGUUCCAAAGUACACCAAAUAAACUGUAUAUUUUAAAUUAGAA